AUGUCGCGAGACGAAGAGAAAGUCUCCCGUGAUGGCGUCGAGCAUGUCGAUGCCAUCCCGAGCAGCAAGUAUUCAGAUGAUGUCGAUGUUGAUGAGGAAUUCACAUACAAGGAGCAACGGAAAAUUAUCCACCGUGUGGAUAAGCGACUGGUGACUACAUGUGGGCUGGGUUAUUGCGUCAGUUUGAUGGACAGGACGAAUACUUCCAUGGCAGCUAUUGCUGGAAUGAAUAAAGAAUUGGCCUUGAACGUGGGCUUCCGAUAUUCGAUAAUCGUCCUGGUCUUUUUCAUCACUUAUAUCGUUUUCCAGCCUUUUGCGACCGUCCUCAUAAGAAAGAUUGGCCCCCGUAUCUUCAUUUCGCUAAUUGUUGCCUCAUGGGGCUUUUGUUUAAUCGGUUUUGGUUUUGCGAAAGAUUGGCACGCAAUGGCUGGUCUGAGAGCUCUACUUGGUGUUCUCGAAGCUGGUUUUUUCCCAGGAGCUGUAUUUCUCCUUUCCUGCUGGUAUUCACGAUUUGAGGUACAAAAGCGAUACUCCCUUUUUUACUUUAUUGGCGCCGUUGCCGGUUCCUUGUCUGGCAUUCUCGCUUUUGGUCUUAGUCAAAUGAACGGCAUGCAUGGACUGGGCGGCUGGAGAUGGAUUUUCAUUAUGGAGGGAGUUAUUUCCAUUGCGGUUGCAAUUAUUUGCUAUAUCUUCAUUGUUGAUUUCCCGGAUAAAGCCGAUAAGGCAUGGGGUUUCCUCAGCGCCAAUGAGCGCGCAUUCAUUAUUCGGCGAAUUAACAAGGAUCGAGGAGAUGCCGAUGCUGAGGCCUUCUCUCUCAAGAAGUUCCUUACGCCUGCUUUGGACUUAAAAAUCUGGGGGUUUGCCCUGAUUUUCUUUUGCCUUACUACCGUGACUUAUGCCAUUGCAUACUUCCUGCCCAUCAUUCUCGCCCAAGGCAUGGGUUUUGGCGUUGGAGAAUCUCAGUGCCUGGUCGCACCUCCGUACGGCUUUGCGGCCAUUCUCAUGUUCGCCACAUCCUGGGUUGGAGAUAAAUACAGGAUUCGAGCACCAGUCAUCGCUUUCAACGUCAUUAUUACGCUUAUCGGUCUGCCGAUGAUGGGAUUCGGAAAGGGCAACGCCCUUCGUUACGCAGGCGUCUUCCUCGUUACUGCGGGAGCCAAUGCCAACAUCCCGGCAUCGAUGGCAUACCAGGCCAAUAACAUUCGAGGACAAUGGACCCGGGCUUUGUCCAGUGCAACAUUGGUCGGAAUGGGAGGUGUGGGAGGUAUUGCUGGCAGUUUGGUGUUCCGGUCGCAAGAUGCGCCCAAGUAUUACCCUGGCAUUUGGGCUGCCAUCACGUCCCAACUCAUCAUCCUCGUGGUUCUCACAGUUAUGAGCUUGUAUUUCUGGAGAUGCAACCGCAAGGCGGACCGUGGAGAGAUGGUUAUCGAGCGUUCCCCUGAAUUCCGUUACACCAUUUGA